UCGCCCGCUAUUGGCUGCUAUGGGUGACCUGGUCUCAGGUGAUGGGCACGGGCCGUGUUCAGCCACCUCUCCGGGCUCAUCACCCGUGAGCUCCGGAGUCAGGUCCCGGGGCCCGGGCGGUGUGCCGGUAGUGGGCAGGUUUGGGCCGACCCUCUAUGGGCGGAUAUGUGUGCGGGCACUGCCUACAGGGGGCGUGCCGCUUGUAUAACUUUACAGGGGCCCGUGCCAUCCGGCUUACACUGAGGGAAUGCUCGGACUUGUGGCCAAUAUGGCGACCCUGAGAGCUGCGCGACGGCUACUGCUACCGCUACACGCUUUAAAGUCAGAUGUGACAGUAUCUUCAGCGAAUCAGCGGUGGAAAUCUACAGCAGCAGCUGCUGCAGCGACUCAGGGCGUAGAGGCGAAAGUGCAUGUUCACCCUGAUAAGAGGAAACCUAAAACUGGAAUUCUGAUGCUGAACAUGGGUGGUCCUGAGACUCUCGAUGAUGUCCAUGAUUUUCUUCUUAGGUUAUUUUUAGACAAAGAUCUCAUGACUCUUCCAGCACAAAGUAAACUUGGACCUUUUAUUGCCAAACGCCGAACACCAAAAAUUCAGGAACAAUACAGAAAAAUUGGUGGUGGAUCCCCAAUUAAAAAAUGGACAACACAUCAAGGAGAAGGCAUGGUGAAACUGCUGGAUGAACUGUCCCCUGCCACAGCUCCUCAUAAAUAUUACAUUGGAUUCCGUUAUGUACGACCGCUUACUGAAGCUGCCAUUGAAGAAAUGGAAAGCGACGGUGUAGAGAGAGCAAUUGCCUUCACACAGUACCCCCAGUAUAGCUGCUCUACUACAGGAAGCAGCUUGAAUGCAAUUUAUCGAUACUAUAAAUCGAAGGGUGUAAACCCCAGGAUGAAGUGGAGUCUUAUUGACAGAUGGCCGACACAUCCCCUUCUUGUCCAGUGUUUUACCGAUCACAUCAAAAAAGAACUUGACAUGUUUCCAGAAGAUAAAAGGGCUGAGGUGGUUAUCCUUUUCUCCGCACACUCUUUGCCAAUGUCGGUGGUGAAUCGAGGAGAUCCGUACCCGCAGGAGGUUGGUGCUACAGUACAAAAAGUAAUGGAGAAACUGAAUUUCUCCAACCCUUACAGGCUGGUGUGGCAAUCCAAGGUUGGACCCAUGCCCUGGUUGGGUCCAUCUACAGAUGAAACUAUUAAGGGUCUCUGCCAGAAAGGGAAGAAGAAUAUUCUACUAGUCCCCAUAGCCUUCACCAGUGAUCACAUAGAAACCCUCUAUGAGCUGGAUAUAGAAUACGCUGAGCAUCUGGGGAAAGAGUGUGGAGCUGAGAACAUCAGACGGUCCGAAUCUCUUAAUGGAAAUCCAUUGUUCUCCAAGGCUCUUGCCGACUUAGUUCUUUCCCAUAUCAAAUCCAACGAGAUCUGCUCAAAACAGUUAACUCUUCGGUGCCCAAUGUGUGUUAACCCAGUCUGCGGAGAGGCAAAGGAUUUUUUCACAAAACAGAAGCUGUGAGGCUCAUGAGGGAGCCAAAUGCUGCCAUGAUGACUUUUUAUUUUUUGUUUCUUUGUUUCCCUAAUUUUUUUAUAUAUGAUUUAUGCACCUUUUUCUUGUAUUCAUCUAGUGCUUCCCAACCUGUGGCAAAACCACAAUUUUCCACUUCCUCUGACAGCCGAGGGCUGUUGUGGUUUUGUGAACGCUGAGAGCAACAGGUUGGGGAGCAGUGUAUUCAGCACUUAGAAUGCCUAUCUGAUCUGCUGGGAAGCUGUCUUCCUCCCUUUUGUGUUGCUACGAAAUAACUGAUUUUCACGUACUGGCCGUAAUCCUAUUAUGUCACUAUGUAAAAGUAUCGAUGGAGCAGGUAAUAACGUCCUGAUUUUUGGGGUCCUACCAUGCUGAGAAUGAAGGGGCUACUUUUCCUUCCCUGUUUUCCAUGCGAUGCUGUCCAGCCCAGUGUUUUCCAACCUGUGUGCCGCCAUCUGUUGCAAAACUAUAAAUCCCAGCAUGCCCGGACAGCCAAAGGGUGCCUAGACAUGCUGGGAGUUGUAGUUUGACAAUAGUGUUCCCUGGUUGGGUAACUCUGUGUUAGGCGAAAUUCUCAUUGCUGUUGUGCUCUGACCUGUUUGUCCAUUCGGCUGUGACUUAAAUGGGGUUUGUCGGUAUCCAGUAUUUUAUAAGAGUUCAGUGGACAUUUAAUUACCCUGUUUCCCCAAAAAUAGGACAUACCCAUAAGAUAAGCCAUAGCAGAAUUUCUAAGCAUUGGCAUAAUAUAAGCCAUACCCCGAAAAUAAGACCUAGUGGUAGGCAUGGCUAAGCGUACCGGCUCAGAGCGGUAAAGAAGAUGGGCAGCCCUUUUCAUCUGCCCCAUCGUAACAGCAGUUAUCCCGGAGGUGACUAGAGAGGUGCCCGUAGCCUCAUCAACAUGGUCAGCUCCCCCUGUCAGGUGCCGGUACUUCUGUUCGUGCUGUCAACCGCAGCAUAGAGGAAGACAGAAAGUGAAAGUAAGUCUCCUCAAUAAAGUGAGGAACAGAAAGUACUGCUUUGCGGGCCCUCAGGGGGAAGAAUAAAGCUUAGGCUGCUGUUUUACUCAGCACUGUGGGUCUCUCUCUCAUCCAGCAACAAUCUGUGGGUUGCUCUCACCCCCAACUAACACUUAUAAAUCUAAGAUAUCCCCUGAAAAUAAGCCCUAGUGUGUCUUCUUGAGGAAAAACAAAUAGAAGACUGUCUUACUUUUGGGGAAACACGGUAUAUAUUAUUGUUUUUUUUUUUGUUUUUUUUUUUUGUUUUUUUUUCUCCACUGAACUCCCGUUCUUCUGUCUGACAGAGCUCCAUUUACCGGAGCAAAAUGGCAGUGUCAACGAGCCAUUACAGAGAUAUUCUCCCUUAUGAGGCCGGGUACACGCUACGGAAUCUCGACCCAAAGUAUGAUAAGACUUACGGUUCCCAUAGACUGCAACGUAUUCUGACAAAAGAAUAACCAAGUUUCUGCUGCUCAAAUUUCUUAAUGCACCCUGUGCAGCAGAAUCCUAUUGACAGUAGUUUAAAAGGGGAAUUCUUAGUUUAGGUACAUACAACAGAAGUCAAAAGCAUGUAUAGGUAGCUGCAACCCGACAAUAGUAUUAUUGCCAGACGCGUACUAAUGUGAAAAAGGUUGUGUAUCCCAUACAACCUGCGUACUAAGUAGUACUAAUAUCUGGGAGGAGAAACUGGAUACAGAGAACAGUCACAUGCAGGUGUCACAAUCGAAUAAAACAGUUCUCAGAAUCGAUCAAUGGCCGUAGCUGUAGUAUGGUUCGCAACCGACGAGGUUCCAAGCUGGUAAGAUAUAAAGUGCGAUAAUCCAAUAGUGUGGGUAGAAAUAGUAGCUUGCACUCACAGUCCUCGUAGCUUGUCACGACCCGAGCAUUCUGUGCGGCAGGGAGCUGUUCUGAUGUGGGCACUCAGAGGCUAACAGCCGUUUUCGCACUCAGCCAUGUGCUUCUUCUGGCCUCAAUCACGUCACUGCGCUCUUCCAUUUUAACAGGUGUGGAGCUGUCACCAAGGUAACAUAAAAAUUAAACCUUUAUUCCAUAUAUCUUGCUCAAAAAAGAUUUUAAAAAAAUGCAAAAAAUUAUUGAACUACAUUAAGGAGGCAGUCCGGGAUGGGAAAUUACAACUGAAAUGACAUACGAUCAACCCUGUCAUUAAGACCUGCGGGACCUUGGGCAUCUACUUGCUGGAUCCAGCGUGCUUCCGGCUCAAGCAAGAGGCUAUGCUGAUCACCACUAGGGGAACUCCCACUUUCUCCAAGCCACCAAAUCUUAUGACAUCUGUAUUACCACCAUGCUCGUUUCUGAUAUGGUCUAUUAAUCUUACCGAUACCUGUUUUUACAGAAUACAUAUGUUCUCUAAAUCUUGUUGCUAGUUGCCGUUUAGUUUUCCCUAUAUAAUAUCUUUGACUUGAGGGAUGGGGGUGUACAGGCUGUCAGAACUCCUCCCACGGAUAAAUCCACCGAAUGUAUAGACUUUAUUUGUGAUGCCAUUUUGUUAAUCCUUAAUAACAAUUAUUUUUUUUUUGCUUUGAAGAGCAAUGGUAUUGGCAAAAAUCAGGAUGUGCCAUGGAGACCCCCAUUUCAUGUACUUAAGCAAACCUGUUUUUAGCAGUCAUGGAAAAGGAAUACAUUUAUUCAAAUAACAAUCCAUUCAUCAGUAAGAUAAAAACAUAUCACCGAUAUGUGGACAAUGUAUUAAUUGUUUGGGAGGGAUCACAGUGAGAUUUUGAUAACUUUGUGGAAUUCUUAAAUAUAGAAUAAAGUCUAUGAUUUUUACUUGUGUUCAUGGCAAUAAAGAAUUGGAGUUUCUUGACCUUUAAAUUAGUGGCUGAAGAAAAGCUAGAGAUUCAAGGAUUUACAAAACAAAUAUCAAAAAAUUCAUUGCUACAUUAUUCUGGCUUGCACCCUCCUCAUGUUCGGAACGGGAUUCCACUUAGCCAGUUCAUUCAUCUGAAAAUAAAUAAUACUAAGGCAGAGAACUAUCAGAUCCAUGCUAAGGAUCUAAAAGAAUUAUUACAGCAAAGAGGUUAUCCGGUGUCAAUAACAGAAUCUGCAUACGAGAAAGUUGAAAAAUUACUAGACCGGAAUUACUACAAGGAUCCAAGAAAAAAACAACAGAAAUGAAAAAAGGUUUGUCUUUUCUUUCAAAAAUACGCAAAUGAAUACCUAUGUGAAUACAGCUAUAAGGAAGCACUGGUAUAUGAUUGAACAGCAUCUAGAGUUAAAAGAAGUAGCUAAACGGAAACCAAUUAUUACCUAUAGACGGAACAAGACAAUCAAGGACUUUCAUAAAUAAAAUAAAAAAUGAAAAGCUAAAAUGGGGAAUCAAAAAAAAAAAACUGGUUAAUAAAAGGGUUUCCAAAGGGAAGUAAAAAAUGUAAAUAGUGCUGCUAUAAUGCUAAUGUAAGCACUUCCACGAUAGGAGGGCAUUUUCAUGAAAUUCGUGAGCUCAUCACAUGUAAAUCCACAUAUGUUGUUUAUUUUAUGUGUCCCUGUCAAAGAUAUUAUAUAGGGAAAACUAAAGGCAACU